AUGUCUCUGCCAGUUCUUGACUUCUCUACAUUCUACCACGGCACGGCCACUGAGCGAUCUCAGCUUUCUAAGCACCUCACAGAGGAGCUUCGUAAGCAUGGCGCCGCUCGUUUGAUCAAUCUUGGAAUUAGGACCGAAAUGAUCACCGAGUGUUAUGCUUGGAGCGAACGGUUCUUUAAGCUUCCAGACGCUGAAAAGAACGCCAUUCCCAAUGAGAGAAACGCAGACCCCCAGAGCGGAUGGAGUUUUGUUGGCUCCGAGAAAACAUCCAAGCUCAACAAAGUGGACAAAAGCGGCAAGUAUCAAAUUGCCGUUGACGAAUCGGUACCACAGGACCUGGAAGAUGAAAAGGAGCACUUCGACUUUGCCCGUGGCGACGACCCCGAAUACCCGAGCAAGUGGCCUACGGAGGCUAGCAUCCCAGGCUUCCGCAACUUCAUGGAAGCCUUCCUGGAUGCCUGCCAGGACACCGGCCGUGCUAUCCUGGGCAGCCUCGAAGAAGGCCUAGAUCUGCCGCCUGGGAAUCUGACCAGCCACUGCGCCACACGCGUCGAUGAAGUGCGCCUGAACCACUACUCGCCACUGCCCGUGGGCAAACUCGGCGAUGGCAAACACCAGCGCGCGUGGCCGCACACUGACUUCGGCCUGAUCACGCUGCUGUUCCAGGACGAAGCGGGUGGGCUCGGGGUCGAGAACCGCGAGAAGCCUGGGACGUUUAUUCCGAUCACCCGUGAGUCUCCGACGGAGAUCGCGGUGCUUGUCAGUGAUUCCUUGGAGCACUUGACGAACAGCUACUUGGGCGCGGGGAUCCACCAGGUUGCGACGCCCGUGUUUAUGGAGGAUGUCAAGGCCGGGCUACUGCCGGAGCGCUUCUCCAUCGCGUGCUUUGUGAAGGCGGAUAGGCAUGUUAGUGUUGGCCCGUUGGACAAGUACAUCACAGAUCACAGCGGAGAACCCUCGGCUCUAUGGUGA